UGACACAAGAGCCCAGGCUGGAGGCCUGGGAAUCCUUCUCAGAGGUGUCAGAAGAGGAAGCUGGUGCUGCUUUUUCUCUGGCAGGGGGAGAAACAGGAAAAAGAGAUUUUGGGUUGGACAUUUUGAGGUGUCAGCCAUCCCAAGGGACAUCCCAAGGAGAGGCUACCACCGUUCUCCUGCUGGGAUCAAAGAAGCUGUGGGAAAGUCCUAUUCCUGGGCUGCCAAGCACAUCCUCCUGGUCACAUCUGCUCCUGGACAGGCUGUCCCCUCUCCUCAGUCCUGUCCCUGUGCUACACAACACACAGACAAGGAGCCUACUGAUCAUCUCUGCCUCCUUUCUCUUCUCUCCAGAGCUGUGAACCUGCCAGCAUCUCCCAGCCAUGCGGAUCCUGCCUCUCCUCUGUGCUUUUCUCCUCCUGAUGCUCCAGGGAGUAGCAGGGAAGACCCUGUCUCGGGGAUCACCCCAGGACUGUGAGCGCCGUGGGGGCUUCUGCUCUCAUGGGUCUUGCCCUCCGGGGAUCGGUCGCGUUGGCCUCUGCUCUGAGCACGAGUUCUGCUGUCGGAGCACUGGGAAAAGAAGAUAAAUGCAUACGAAAAAAGGGAUUCUGUGUUUUUGGGGGCUGCCGUUUCCCCUAUAAAUAUGUGGGAAGUUGUUCAGCAUUCAGUCACUGCUGCAAAUUAGUCUGGGGCUGAGCCCCUGAACCCCAUGAGCAGGACGUCCCCCUCGCUUCUGGCUCCUGGCACCUGACGUCCUCUCCGCUCCCCACCUCUGCCGUCCCCAGGGGCUGUGACAGCAGCAGUGGAAGCGCUGCUCCUGCUGGGUGGCCGUGUGCUGGGGACAUCCCGGCACGGAGCCGGUGCCUCUGGGGCAGAGGCUGCUUUUCCUGCUUGAAUAAAGACGAUCAGUUUGGCAUUGCA